GAGAAGAAAAUGCCGCGACUUUUACUGACGGCCGCCGUAUCUGCCGGCUCUGACACCGUUCGCGGCGGUUAUGACGUGCCCGCAGUCGCAGCGUAUGAAUGCUUUCAUCGUUAUGCCGAUUUCCUAAACGUAAUGUCAUAUGAUUUUCACGGAAAAUGGGAGCCAAAGACUGGACACAACGCACCCCUGUUUUCUAUGUCAUCCGAGACAGAAUGGCGCAAACAAUUGAGCCUGGAAUUUGGUGUAAAAAUGUGGGAACGAAUGGGAGCGCCCAAAGACAAGAUAGUUGUGGGACUGGCUACUUAUGGUCGUAGUUUCACUCUAACCAACCCUUCAAACAACGGUAUGAAUGCCCCGACAUCAGGAGGAGGAAAAGCUGGUGAAUUCAGUCGAGAGUCGGGAUUCUUAGCAUUUUAUGAAAUCUGCGAAAUGAUGAAGAAUGGCGCCACUUAUAUAUGGGAUGACGAACAGAAAGUGCCAUAUCUUGUAGAUGGAGACCAAUGGGUUGGCUUCGAUGACGAGCGAUCCAUUCGAGUUAAGACUAAAUGGCUGUUAGAGAAUGAUUACGCCGGCGCUAUGGUAUGGACUGUCGAUAUGGACGACUUCACCGGUAAGUGCUCCGGAAGGAAGUACCCGCUCAUUGAGGUUAUGGGCGAAGAACUCAUUGGACGACCAAAAUCCACGUCAAAUCUCGAGUCAAUUGUACAGAAGGCGUCGUCUAAUCCAUUAAUCAAAGUCUCGGUUCCCAACACUGAGUCCAAUAUAAUUCAUGAGAAACCAGAUCUGACGCCAACUACCAGUGAUUCCAUUAAAUCUAAUGCUUUGUCCAAUGAUGACGAGACAAAUGCCAGAAUAGUCUGCUAUUACACCAACUGGUCAAACAAGAGGCCCGGUAUUGGCAAGUUUGAGCCCGAACACUUGGACCCAACUCUUUGCACACAUAUUAUCUUCGCGUUUGCGAACCUCAACAGUGAAUUCAAGAUCAGUCCGAGUGAAGAGAGCGAUGAAACCAAAGGCUCUCAAACAGGACUUUACGAU